AUGACAACUGAAAAAUGCUUAUACAAUAAGAAUAAAACAAGUAAAACCGCUGUUACCAAUAAACAAAAACUUCAACAGAUUGAAUUAGUGUUUGAUGUUAAGUAUGUUAUUGAUACCUUAAUGAAAUUACCUGAUCCCGUUCCUAAAAAUACUAAUAUCGCUUCUUAUCAAUAUCCAAUCUUGAUCAGUUUUCAAGCUGCAAAAUAUCAUGUUCUUAACUUGCACAAUCCAAUUGAUUGGGAUAUAAUUGACACUUCAUCACAACCUAUCAACUGUAAAAUACCAUCAUCACUAGAUGAUGAUAGAAAAUUAAAUCAAAAAGAACUGGAAUAG